CCAUCAAAUACCGUUUCAAAUCCACCGUUUCGUUAUCUUAAAAGCAAUCGAAACCCAUCAUCCAUUUGGUCACAACCUUCUGAUCAUGGCUGCCUCCCUCUCCACCGGUGAUUUCCCGGCCUUUCUCUUUGAGUUCAUUUAUCUUAGUUUUCACCGAAAGAGCUGCUAGUUUUGGCACUCUUUAUGGCAACAUUUCAUUGCUUUUAUCGUCUGUUUUUAACUGAGAAGUCCGUCUGAUCCGACUCCAAGGAAGUUCAAUAAAUUAGUAUGUUUUCUUAGCUUGAUUCAAUUUACAUAGAACAAUAACUAAAUCUGUCUGUGAACGAUGGAGUCUGUUGAUUGUUUGAAAUCCGGUACUCUAUUGGGUAUAAAGAAAGAUGUGUAUUUGGUGCUGUUGAGCUUGAAUGGCUCUGGUUCUGUUUCAAGCUCACCAUUCAUGGGAAUCAGUUUGAAGAAGCUGAACUCCAAGUUCACCCAAUUAAGGCCUUUAUCAAGUAAUUCCAAGGUUGCUGCAGAGUACGAUGAGAACAAAAAGACCUCAAAGGACAGAUGGGGAGGGCUUGCCGUCGACAUAUCCGAUGACCAGCAAGACAUUACAAGGGGAAAGGGUAUGGUGGACUCACUCUUCCAAGCUUCAAUGGGGACCGGAACUCACUACGCGGUCAUGAGUUCUUACGACUACACCAGUCAAGGCCUUCGCUCGUACAAUUUGGACAACAAUAUGGAUGGUUUCUACAUUGCUCCAGCAUUCAUGGACAAGGUUGUAGUUCACAUCACCAAGAACUUCUUGACCCUCCCAAACAUCAAGGUUCCUCUGAUUUUGGGUGUUUGGGGAGGCAAAGGGCAGGGGAAGUCAUUCCAGUGUGAGCUUGUUUUGGCUAAGAUGGGUAUCAAUCCCAUUAUGAUGAGUGCUGGAGAAUUGGAGAGCGGAAACGCGGGAGAGUCAGCGAAAUUGAUCAGGCAGAGGUACCGUGAGGCUGCAGACAUAAUCAGGAAGGGAAAGAUGUGCUGUCUCUUCAUCAAUGAUCUUGAUGCAGGAGCCGGUAGACUUGGUGGGACUACGCAAUACACCGUCAACAAUCAGAUGGUGAAUGCCACACUUAUGAACAUUGCUGAUAACCCGACAAAUGUGCAACUCCCCGGUCAGUACAACAAACAAGAGAACCCCAGAGUUCCAGUUGUCGUCACUGGCAAUGACUUCUCCACCUUGUAUGCUCCACUCAUCCGAGAUGGUCGUAUGGAGAAAUUCUACUGGGCUCCUACAAGGGGAGAUAGAAUUGGAGUCUGCACUGGUAUUUUCCGCACUGAUAAUGUUCCUACAGAGGACAUUGUCAAGCUUGUCGACACUUUCCCUGGCCAGUCCAUUGACUUCUUCGGUGCACUGAGGGCAAGAGCAUAUGAUGAUGAAGUGAGGAACUGGAUCGUCGGUGUCGGUGUGGAAAAUGUUGGGAAAAGGCUUGUGAAUUCAAAGGAGGGACCUCCAAUAUUUGAGCAACCCAAAAUGAAUCUCCAGAAGCUCCUUGAGUAUGGAAACAUGCUUGUGCAAGAGCAGGAGAAUGUGAAGAGAGUUCAAUUGGCUGAGAAGUACUUGAAAGAGGCUGCCCUUGGAGAUGCAAAUGUAGAUGCUAUUGAGAAUGGAAACUUCUAUGGUUAGACCUUUGAUGCUAAAUCAGACAUGAAGGAGAGAGGCUUUGCAUCUAUGAUUAAUAAAAGAUUUUACAAAAACAAAACAUCUAAGGUUUUCUUUAUUUAAUUGGUUUUUACAGGGCAAAGCAACCUAACAGAUUCGGGUUCCUGGUUCUGAAUGGUGCACUGAUCCUUGAGCGGAAAACUACGAUCCGUUGGCUAGAAAUGCUGAUGGAAGCCUCCGUCAAUCACUUGUCAAUAAACUUUGUUUUCAUAAUUCAAUAUCUUGUAAUUUUGUCGUAGUUUAGAACAUAGUUUUUAUUACCGGAUCAUACCGCCGGUUCGACCGCGAAUCGAUGUACACUGGUAUUUAUUUUUGAGACAAAAUAUGGGACAUGCAAAAUCAAAUCGCGACAAAACUGAGGUUCAACUUUUAAACCGUGGUCAAACUAAGGUUCAAUCCUUAAACAGCAAUCAAACUGAGGUUC